AUGGAGACUUCUAAGCAGAGUCUCUCAGACUUAGCCACCAUAAUCUUUGAUCUCUCUAAGACCAUUCACAGUUUCAUGACAGAAACUAAGUCCUCCAUUAGGAAUAUGGAGGAACAGAUUGGUCAGCUCAGUAAGAGGAUCCCUGAGAUCCCUUCUAACACUCUUCCAAGUAACACUGAAGUGAAUCCAAGAGAAGAGUGCAAGGCCCUCAGAAUAGGAGUUGAGGCCGAAACAAAAGAGGAGCUUCUAGCAUUGAACGCCAGCAAGGGAGUAGCUGAGUGUUCAACGCCCCUUAGGGAGCAAUCAUUGGCGUUGAAUGCCAAAAUAGGAGAGGAUGGGCGUUCAAUGCCUACUAAGGACCCUCCUAUUGAAAAACUAAAGGAAAUUAGAGCUCAUAAGGAGACCAUAGAGUUUUCUUUGAAUGCCCUUUUACAGAUUAUGGAGUCUGAAGAAUACUCUUCAUCUGAUGGGGAAGACGAAACUAGGGAAGAGCAAUUUUCUCGGUACUUGGGAAUCCUCAUGAAGCUGCAUGCCAAAUUCUGUGCAACAGAGGCAUUGGAGGAGGAACCUCUAGUAGUUACCAAAGAGUGCAGUAUCCUGAUUCAGAAGAAGCUGCCUCAGAAGAUGCCAGAGCCCGAGAGUUUUCUAAUUCCCUGCAUCAUAGGAACAAUAACCUUUGAGAAGGCUUUGUGUGAUUUUGGGUCAAGCAUUAACUUCAUGUCUCUCUCUGUAAUGAGAAGGCUGGAAUCCUAG